CUCGGAUCGUCGUCCUCCCCACACUCCCCCACGCCCCCCGAUACAACACAACGCUCCUCUCUCCGCGCUCCGCUCCCCCCCAUCUCUCUCUGUCCUCCGCGGCAAGUCAAGUGGAACGUGAACCAAAAGGCAGCGGAGGGAGAGCGCCGGAGGCGGAAGGCAACGUGACGCCGCCCGCCAUGAGGCUCCUCGUCCCCGACGGCGCGCGGCAGCACCCGGAGGCCGCGGCCGCGACGACGCCGCGCCGGCACCGCCCGUCGCCCGAGGACGCGGCGGGGGGCAGCGGGAGGACGGUGGCGGUCGGGAUCAGGUGGGAUGCCGCCAGCCGCGAGCUCCUCACCUGGGCGCUCGUCAAGGUCGCCAAUGCCGGCGACCGCGUCGUCGCCCUCCACGUCGCCGCCGGAGGCGGAGGAGGGGCCGGACUGGAGGAGAGGAGGAAGGCCGCGGAUUCGCUCGCGUCGGUGCUCGCCGUGUACGACGGCUUCUGCAACCUCAAGCAGAUCAAUUUGGAGCUCAAGGUCUGUGGGGGAUCGUCUAUCCGGAAAACUCUGGUUAAAGAAGCGGCUUCAUGUGGUGCUGCGCAUCUGAUCCUCGGUGUCGCAAAGAAUUCUCGGUCUUUUGGAUCCUCCUCCACUUCAGUUGCCAAGUACUGUGCAAAGAGAGUUCCCACGAGUUGCUCGGUUCUUGCUGUCAACAAUGGCAAGAUUAUUUACCAAAGAGCUGCGGCACACGAAGAACCAUUCAAUAGCACUAGCGCACCCGAGACGCCAAGGAGGAGUUACCGCAAGCUUCUGACCUCCCUGAUAGGAGAGAAAACUCACGACGAGUGUAUAAAGGAUAACAGGUCCAUUUCUCGGGCUGUCACCAUGCCAAUGAGGUCUCAUACAUCGUCAAAGGAAGUUUCACUAGCAUUGGUUCCAGUUAAGGUUUGCCGACGUGAAUCGCCAGAAGUAGCAACUGGCUGGCCAUUCCUAAGGAAGAAGUUGUUACCCAACCGACAGGAUGGGUUGUCUGACAAGCCCAAGAUGUCUGUGGUGCAGUGGGCAAUGCGGCUUCCUAGCAGGUAUUCAGCUGUUUCGCCAGUCCAUCUUGAACACAGAACCACGAGACCGAACUCAACCAACAGUGUCAGUCGUAUCUUGCGUGAUAGGGUGGUUAUCCCCUCGAGAAGCAAUUCAGGAAGCUCUUCUGUUGUGAUUGAGGAAUUGGAUACAGAAAUUCCACAGGAGCUGAUCUCACUCAAGGAAAAAUUCUUAUCCCUUUAUUCUUCGUACAGUUACAAUGAGCUUGCAGAUAUCACUUCUAACUUCUCAGCUGAUUGUAUAGUUGGACAAGGUGGCACGAGCCAAGUCUACAAAGGUUGUUUGACAAAUGGCAAGGAGUUAGCAGUGAAGAUCCUGAAGUAUUCCGACGAUGUACUGAAGGAGUUCACAUCAGAGAUCGAGAUUGUCAGCUCCGUCAUUCACAAGAACAUCAUAUCCAUCACCGGCUUCUCCUUCAAGAACAAUGAUCUUCUAUUGGUAUAUGAAUACUUGCAAAGAGGCAGCCUAGAAGAAAUACUGCAUGGUGAGAGAGAAUGCAAGAGCAUGUUCGGUUGGACCGAGAGGUUCAAUGUGGCGGUAGGUGUUGCUCAUGCACUGGAUUAUCUCCAUGGUAAUGGUAACAGUCACCCGGUGAUCCAUAGGGAUGUCAAGUCAUCAAAUAUCCUCGUCUCAGAGGAUUUUGAGCCAAAGUUAUCAGACUUUGGCCUUGCGCUGUGGGCCGCUGAUGCAACACCCCAGAUCACAUGCAAUGAUGUUGCAGGAACUUUUGGGUACUUGGCUCCUGAAUACUUCAUGCAUGGCAAGGUGAAUGACAAAAUCGAUGUUUUCGCUUUUGGUGUUGUUCUUCUUGAACUCGUCUCAGGCAGGAAACCGCUGUGCACUGGUUGUCCGAAAGGCCAGGAGAGUCUAGUUAUGUGGGCAAAUUCUAUCAUCCAAGGAGGAAAGCUCACGCAACUUGCAGAUCCUAGCUUGCCUACCGAAGGCCAUACCGAUGAAAUCGAGAGGAUGACACUUGCCGCUUCCCUCUGCAUCAGACCAACACCUCAACACCGUCCUCACAUCGCAGUGGUUCUGAAGCUACUUGACGGCGACAAUGACACUCUCAAGUGGGCAAGAUCGCAUGUGGGUUUAUCGUACGAGAGCGAUGGCGACGUAGACGACGUUGUCACGCUCGCACCACCUCCGGAGAACAGCACCAACAUCCAGUCAUACAUCAACCUCGCCUUUGACGUGGACAACGACUCCGCCUCGGUGAGCAGCAACGACUUCAUCACGGCAAACACGUCCCUGGAAGAGUAUCUUCAGGGAAGGUGGAGCCGGUCGUCGAGCUUCGACUGACCGAUCGACCCAUGGCAGAGUUGGCGCCCCAGUUUUGUGUAUAGAGAUCCUUUUCCUCUCCCAUUUCUUCCUAAGUUAACCUGUUGCUGCUCCUUGGGUGAGAGGUGGCACAUGCAAUGCCCUCCUCAGGGUCUAUGAUCUGAUCAAUGUUUCUUAUUUUUUUUUCCCCUAGAGUUUUUAUGAGUGAGCCUGUAAUGUUCUCAUCCAAAGGAUGAGAUGAGAUGAGAUGAGGAAUAAAGUAGAGUAGGGAGGAUGUAACCGUGGGUUGUUUGCCCACGCCCAAAUCAUCAGUGCUUGUUCCACCA